AUGUCUGACGAGUUGCAGAUGAUUGAAUGUGGAGAAACAAUGCCUAUAAGCUUUGCUAAUCAUCAGAGGGUAGUUCUCAAGGAACAAAGUAGGGGAGGAGGAGAACUUAUUGUUGUGGAUCGUCUCAUCCAGCCACAUGGUGCACAUUUCAAUGUAAGAUGUAUUUCGCCUAAACGUUCCUGGAAUGGGAAACUUCUCCUGGAAGAUGACGAAGAACAGCCUGCCCUUUUCUUGCUAUUUGAGUUUGAAGAUAUCACAGGUUUAAACUGUGAUCCAAUACCUGAUGCAAUGGUAGUGGAAGAUGUUGAGGAAAGUAAUCGUUUUUGGGCGUUGUUCAAACUGAGAUGCCCCCGUUCAACCCCAAGCGCUGAGGACAUACUUGAACUCUGUCGAUCUCCUGAUGUUUGCAGAUCCUGGUCCAGGGAAGACCAGAUUAGGCUGUGUUAUUUGGCCAUCUUGACAGGCGGUUUACUUGCCCUUGAUCGAAGAGAAGCUAUCCCUCCUGGUAAAGCGAAGCUGCUUAUGGAUUUGGAGACUUUCGAGCAGUAUCCCUGGGGAAGAGUGGCUUUUGUUGAACUUGUCCAUCAGAUUAAGACCGCAACAGAAAGUGGUAAGAUUAAGAAUUCCAGUUAUGUCUGCAAGGGGUUCGUGCAAGUAAUUCAGGUCUGGGCGUACGCUUAUAUACCCUGUGUUGGAGAAGCAAUUGGUCAUCCUAUCAGUUCACAUGGUAUAUUGUUACUGAGGUUCAAAGGCAAGGGUGGAAAGCUCUCCUUGAAUGAUACAUUUAAUAAAGCGAAGGUAACUUGUAUGUGCACGCGAAGCUUGAAAGAAGUUCAUCCGGUUUGGGAAGAACAAGAUGAGGAUCCUGAGAUUGACAAUCUUUUGGAGUUCCUUCGCCAACACAAAUCCUUGAGUACCAUUACUUGGCAAACCUUGCCGGUUUACCCAUUCACACCGGUUAAAUGUAACAAGCGUGUUGCAAGCCAAAGGAAAUCAAAGAAAUCAAAGAAGGUGGCAAGCAGCGAGCAAGAGAACACAGUAGAUGGAGGUGAAAUAUCCUCUGAUAUUGCAGAAAAUAAAGACCAAGUAGAAAGCGAUGAUGAAGGACGAGAAUACAUCAUACAACGGAGGCAGACCCCAAAGAGAUUGAUCUCUAUGGAGCGUUCAGAAGUAGGUACCGUUCAAAAACUAACAGCUAGAAUAGAAGCAUUGGAACAAAAUAAAGUUAAGCUGGAUAAGCUUCUAAAUCUGGGAUCAAAAGUGCUCAGUUUGGAAGGAAACGCGCGAUUCCCAAACCUCAGCCUCGAACCUUCGAAUAAAGAAGCAAGCAAGGAAGGAGAGAACAUGGUAAAACCAAAUAUUAAAGCCACAGAUGUGAGAGAACCAGAAAUAGGUGAAGAUUGCGACACAAGAAAAAGUCAGCCUGUGCCAAUGGAGGAAGAAGACGACAGAGUACAUGAAUUUGCGGAAACUCUUGCGCUAAUGCGUUCCAAAACCUCUGUAGUUGGUACAAAAGAUAAUCAGCUGAAGUCACUUGAUGAUGCAAAGGUCGAAGCAUUUACGGGAGAUGAAGAUGAACCCCAAAAAGCCUCAUCCAACAUCAUUAAGCCAAGUAAACCCAUUAGGAGGAGUGCAAGGGUUGCUGCAUUGUCUGAAAAAAUAGAUAGUAACUACUUGGUUGUGUAUGGUCCGGUUGAUAAAUCAAAGGUUAAGGCAUUGAACGCUUUCAUAAGAGAAAAAGGGCAUGGUAAUGGGGCCAAAGAUUGUUUGAAGAAAUUUUUGAAGCCGAGGGCUUGGUUGUCAUUCUGUGACCUUGAAGUACCCUUAGCGAUGUACAGACAAAGGUUCUCCAAAAAUCCAGAUGUAUUCAUAUAUCCAAGGAUUGCAAUACUGGACGCAGUUUUCCCAGCGUGGUGGACUAUGAGGUACAAGGAGUGGUUAAGAGAUCCGUCGAAAAUACCUGAGGGAACCUAUAAGUACUACAUCGGUGAUAGGCCAAAGAAUAGCCCACCCGGGAAGCAAUGGGGACGAGAUGUCGAUACACGAUAUUCAGUUAUGUUUGUAGGUGACUGUCACUGGGUGUUGAUGGCCAUUUCUAUCCCGGACCGUACUAUCAAAAUCUAUGAUAGUUCGAGCAAUGCGUUUUUUAAGGAGACUAUCAAGGAGGCGGCGAUGCCUAUUGCUCACAUGCUUCCUUACGUCUUGCAUGCGUUCGUUGAUGAUGAAGUAAAGCAGAUUAUGGACAAAUCCAUGUAUUCCAUCGAAUUUGUAACGGAUGGGGUUCCGCAAAGCAAACCCCCUCAUGGAGACUGUGGAAUUUACGCUGUCAAAUUCCUUGAGUGUCUAGUAAUGGGUGUGGCAUUUGCAGAUUAA